UAUAAUAAUAAUCUUUAUUUCACUCAUGAAGUAAGGGAGUGCGGGAAACAAAGCUGACAAGUCAGCUUGACUAGUUCCCAGCUCCCCGGAGUACAAAACAGAAGAAACAGAACACUUUUCGCAUGGCAAUAUAAAAACCACAAACAAAUAGUAAUAGUAAUGCAGCAAUAACUUGUCGAUAACAGUGAGAAUAAGUAACUAUAGAAAUAAAAAGCUUGUUAACAGCGUGAUAGACCAAUGUUAAAGGAAACGUACAAAAAUGAAAAACCUGCAAGUAAAAAGCGCUACAUAAUGAAGGUAAAGACGAAAAAUAAAACGGCACACAUUUGUAUAGUAUGAAACAGUACAUUGGUACAUUGCAAUGCGUAUAGCGUACAUGCGCAGAGAUGAAAAAACCACAUUAAAUUCUGUCAUGGGAAAGGAGCUUUGCCACAGAAGAACAAUUUCAGUUUCUGCUUCGAUGCUGUUUCGGGAGUGAAACCGUUGUUAUGGCAGAAAUUUAGCAAAUGCGGUAGCGUUCUGUUUACCAUUUGUUGUCCGUAUCCGGUUCUGCACGUUUUGAUUAGCCAUGGCGCUGUGUUUCGAUUCUCAUAAGGUGUGGUCCUUUUAGAAAGCGAUGCCAACCGUAGUAGGGAGUAGCUGUUAUUUUCUAUUUCAAGCUUAUAACGUGAACAAAGGCAAUGCGGGUAUAGGUCGUCUAUUUUCUUUAUACAUUACUUCGAGAACAGAGGGUGGGAAGGGUGACUCAUGGGGACGUUUUCAAUAUUUCGUAAAAUUUUUUUCUGUAAUAUCAUGAUUCUUUGCAAAUUACCUUUUGUUGUGUUCCCCCAAACUAAUUGGCAAUAUUUCAUAUGUGAGUAGAAUAGCGCAUUGUACAAUAGAAGCUUAACCUUUGACGGUAGAAUGUAUCUGUUGGCGUAUGUCGAUCCAACGAUGCGAGACAGUUUUGACACAACGUGGUCGAUAUGAAUGUCCCAGGUCAUAUUUUCACUGAAAUACACUCCAAGUAUUUUAAAUGCACUUACUAGUUCAACCUUCUGAGUUUUGCAGCUUAAUAUCUGAGGUAACGUUAAUUUUCGUUUUUCGCACGGUAUAUGACAGCCUUCGUUUUACUAACGUUUAUUUUCAAUUUGUUAAGUUGCGCCCAUGUAUCUAAUUCUACAAGCGUUCUGUUCGCUCUCAGAAUCAGCUCAUCCGUACUUUCUGCAGAGAAUAACAGUGUCACAUCAUCAGCAUAAAUGACGAAUUUCACCUUAGGAUCGACGUUAACAAUGUCAUUCAAAUAUAAGUUAAACAAAAAUGGGCCCACAAUACUCCCUUGAGGUACGCCGGCAGAAAUUGGUAAUAUAUUAGAAGAGCAGCCAUUUAAAUACAGGUACUGCUUGCGCUCACUAAGGUAGGACGUCAGUAGUGGUAGAACCGUUCCGCGGAAUCCGUACAUUUCAAGUUUCCUUAGCAGGAUAGAGUGAUUCAAAUAAUCGAAAGCUUUCGUAAAAUCCGCGUAUAUUCCACGGGCUACUUCUUUAUUUUCAAGCGAUUGCAGGUUAAAUUCUUUUUGUUCUAACAGUGCCAUUUCUGUUGAUCGAUAUUUCCGGAAGCCAUACUGCGCGUCGUGAAUGAUAUUGCAUCGUUCGCUAAAAUGUUAUUCUAGUAAGAGCCAUUUUUUCAAAUCCUUUUGAGAAAACGGGUAGUAUGGAUACUGGUCUAAAAUUUGUAAAAUCAUUCUUACUACCUUUUUUGUGCAAUACGCUCACUUUGGCCAGUUGCAUUUGCCCCGGAAAUGUUCCUUGAGAUAAGCAAAGGUUGUAUAUGUAAGCUAAGCACUCUGCUAUGUUUCCUAUCACAAAUACAAAAUGUAAAAGAAGUAUUCGUUUUUCUCGGCAACCACUUCACCGAACCUCACGAGGUUUGUUGCAUUUAAAAGAAAAACCUAAAAUCUAGUUACUGUUGGUUUCGUAUUUUUGAUUUCGGCAGUCAAUUUUUUACUAGAUUGGCGAAAAUCGCACAUUUUCAGAAAACUAAACUAUCAGGUUUACAACUCCUUAUCUCAGCAAUGAAAAACGGUAACACAAUGCUGGGAAUUGCAUCUCAUAGUACAUCUAAAUCGGACAAAAUUGAUAUGUUACACAUGAUUCUCAAAAAAUUUAGUAAUAUGUAAAUAUAUAGAAUUUGUCCGCUUUGAAUGAUAUAAUGGAGGCCGUUUAAAGAACCGCGAUACCUGUUCUUGAUGCAGAGUUACUAACUUAUAAACUUCGUGUGUCUUUUUUUCGAACUUGCGAAUUAUUGAAAAUGCUUUUAACAAUCUUCAGGCCAUAAAUCGAAAUUCCGCUACCAACAGUCACUGGAAUUUAACUUUCACUCUCAAAUGCAGUAAAUUUCAUUAAGAUCGGUCCAGGGGUUAUCUCAGAAAAGCGUUUUUGCGUUUUACAUGUAUUUGAAUAGGCCGCGUCGGAGUUGGGCCCGAGCUAAAGCUUCCUCUUAAUACGGAUCACGACAACGACAGCGGGUAUGCGCCUGAAAAAAAUGAAAAAAAACUUAUGCAAUGAGAAAAACUUAUGCAGGUCCAACGCACAUGCUGGAAUCUAUGUUCGAGGGACUGACAACCAAUUUUCAUGGUAGCCAUUUUUUUCAGUGCAAUGGAAAGCUUACCUGUCAGAGUAUAUAAUCAUGAAGUACUAACGCCGAAAACGCCGUGGAACAUUUUUUCGUCAGAAUUUUUCGAUCUGCAGCGAGGAUAUGGUUGUUCACUGGAAGCAUGCUGAAAACGGUGAUAUGUGAGCGCGAUAACGAUUAUACGCCGGAAUUAAUGGGAGGCAAGCGACAAGUGUGGCCGUAGCUGUGACGAAGUAUGAUUUUGUUUAUCAAGUUGGUGUUCCUGUGAUUCAUGUUUUCCGAAUCGACUAGUAUUUCUGUGAUAAUAGCUAUGUGUUUUCGUGGAUUCCUGCCCCCAACUGCUUUAGUAUUUAACUUGUCAAAACGAAACCAACCGGAUCGAAAACGAAACGACGCCUUUACGCGUGAUUCAGCGUGUUGCGAGUUUUUGAUUUCGGAAGCAUAGAAUAAUGCGCGAGUGUCUGAUAAUAUACCAACUGCAAUUUUAGGCAAUAAUUAUGGUGUGCUUAAUAACAGUCGACUUACAUACAGUAAUAACAUAGAACACAUUCGAAGUAGCAAGAUUUCACCGCGAGGCCUCGCUACUUGCGGGUUUUUCAGUCUUUCUUUGCCAAUUUAAAAUUAAAAUUCCUACUUAAAUUGCGAACAGUGUGCUGGAUUCUUUCACUAUAAAUCAGUCAUUUCAUUUCCAUCAAUGUCUCACAACACAUUCCGGCCAGUUGUCAGUCCCUUUAAGCGAACCUUUCGUGAAGCGUUUAUUGCUGGUUAAUAAAAUGCAAUAAAUUUGCCCAUAUAAUUUCUGCGCCUUUGGCGUAAAGCAAACUGGCGCGCGCACGUGCUCUCGCGUACCCGUGCGAGGCAAAGUGACAAAUCUUAUAUACACAUAUUCUGCAAAGCUUCCAAUAUGCAUACCCGCCGUGGUUGCUCAGUGGCUAUGGUGUUAGGCUGCUGAGCACGAGGUCGCGGGAUCGAAUCCCGGCCACGGCGGCCGCAUUUCGAUGGGGGCGAAAACACCCGUGUACUUAGAAUUAGGUGCACGCUAAAGAACCCCAGGGGGUCGAAAUUUCCGGAGUCCUCCACUACGGCGUGGCUCAUAAUCAGAAAGUGGUUUUGGCACGUAAAACCCCAUAAUUUAAUUUUUUUUCCAAUAUGCAUAUAAGGUGACCAUGUAUAUGAAGCUAAACCUAGUCACUGAUAAAUAAAGGUUGGGUAGGCUUAUUUUCUUACUGAGUUAUGCAACUUCGUACAUAAGUAUGACAGAAGAAAUGGCCGCUACAUGCGUAGGCCAGGAAAGAUCAGGGCUAAGAUACACACCAAGGUGUUUAUAUGAUGGAGCGUUAGAAACAAGUGUUAUUGAUCUAAUAGGCAUAUAGUCGGAGUUAGUGCGCAUACGGCUAAAGGAAACUUGCCAUGGUUGAAGAGUGGGCGUGUUGGUAUAGCAUAUUAGAGAUUGGAUUGCGGAACAUUUUGACAAGACACAAAAGAGAAAACAGACACGACAGGGCGCUGUCGUGUGUGUCUCGUCAAAAUGUUGCGCAAUCCAACAUCUAAUAGUCUAAAAGAAAUUACCUUGCAUUUGAGUUAUUAAGAGACAUUUUCCAAUUUUUGCACAGACCAUAGGUUAGAUUAAGGUCAUUCUGAACAGUAUAAUGAUACUAGUGCGGUAAAUGAUGCAGUCGUCAGCGAACAAUCUAAAUGAAGAUGAUAUAUAAGCGGGUAAAUCCCUUAUGUAAUAUUCAGCAACUGCAUGCCGCCCCCUGCUAAAAAAGCUUUUUCAGGAUAAAAACGAGAAAUGUAUAUUAGAUUGCCUAAACAUACGAAGCAGAAGAGGCUGAAAACCCAGCUGUUAGCUGCGUACCAUAUCGCAAUACAAUCUGUCUACCUUCCGUUCUCCUUUCUCGCAGUGCCUUCGAGGAGCGCGCAUCAUCAGGAAAGAACAAUGGACACCAGCGGUUCCGCAGUUUUUCGCAGCGUCCAGGUCAUGAUGCUCACCAGCAGAAUCGCCGGUUGCCCUUUCGUCGACGACCUGUGCAAAACAAAAGCUCGCGAGAGGUUCUCCAUGCUUUCACCAAUCCGAGGAUUGCUUCGCCUUGUUUACUUCCUCGUUUGCGCGAGUCUUUUCUCCUGCCUUCUGUCGACUUACGUCAUCAUCCGGCUCUGGUUCAGUAGGCCGACCGACCAGAUCACCAUAGUAACUCAAGCGGGCAACUACCUAGUCGUCUAUGGUCAGGCCAUGAUCAGCUUCCUCAACAUGGUCCUCAGGCGAGACCUGCUAGCAGACAUCGUUCUCUCGGCAGUAAAGCUCGAACCGAACCUCUUCUUGGACACGAGAAACGCUAGCCGCCGUCUUUGGAAGUUGUCGCUCCUCUGCCUCCUUUUCACGAUGGCGGACGCAGUCAAGCUGUUCGCGGGCCACAGCGGUCACAUUGCAGUGGCGUCCCUCCUGUUAGAAGGCCAAAGCGAGCACCUGUUCAUGUUGGCCUACAUCGCGAGUUGCUUCCUCCUCUCCGUCUGGUACAACAUGGUCUUCUGGCAGAUCGUCUGCUUCUCCAGCCUGUUUCGCGAGUACUUCGCCACGCUGGCACGUCGCCUAGAAGGCAGCUUGGAGCGUGACUCCGCGCACGUCGACGAUGGAAGGUGCCUGGCCGCCGAGUAUGCGCGCGUGAAUCUGGUCGAGCUGCAAAGGCUCUUGCGCAAAGUUGACGCAUUCGUCGGACCACAGGCGCUGUGCUACUACGCAGGCAGCGUUUUCUUCCUCUGCGGGAUGCUGUACAGGAUCGCCGUCUCGAGUAAUACGCUGAUCCAGAAGGUGUCGCGCUGGAGCUACACGGCAGCCAUGGUGGCGGGCCUCGUUCUCUCUACUGCUGCGGUCGGCAGCAUGAGCAGCCAGGUGUCAAGAAUUCAGAGUAUCAUUCAAGCUUCGAAGUUUCAGAAACUUUCAGAUGCAGCCACACACAGGCUGCACAUAUUGCUAUUAGCUGUGGAGGAGCUACGAGGCUGCCUGACCGGCUGUGGAAUGUUUGUCAUCAACCUCCCACUGAUUGUUGCCAUUGCCGGUGCAGUGAUCACGUACACUGUUGUACUGGUUCAGACCAACGAGAGCAUCAUGGGAAACAAGUGCCUGAAACCUUAACGUACACUGCUGUGUUGACGAAUCAGCCACGGACGUGGUUACUAUUUAAAAUAUACACACGAGGGUGAAAGGGGCAAUAACUUCCUAGUUUAUUCAGAACACAGACCCAUGAUUAAACACACACAAAAAAAAACAUCGAAGUAUGUGCCCAUCACUUAACGAGAUUAUAUCAACAGAUCCAAUGAGGGCCAUAACAACAUGCAAGCACAGGAAGAAAUUUGCCCUUGCAUUCCAAAAAUUCCAACUCCAUCAAAGAUAUUAGGGUUAUUGCAGACAUGGUUACCGUACACAUGUAAGUGCGCAGACUGCAAAGGCUCAAUUAAAUGGGAUCUGGAAAAUGUUGCAUUAAAUGAAGGUCCUGCAUGGACCAAGUCUAACUCUAGAAGACAUACUGGCAGGCCUCAGAGCGCCCAAAUAAUUUACUAAAUGGCUUUUAUACGAACCAGUUACAGCUUUAUUUUCAAGGAGGUGAAUGCUUCAUGACACAGAAGCUAAAAAACAUGGGAGCAUAACGUCGCUGACUCGGUCGU